CACCUUCUGUUUGGUUUUGUUUCAUCUUUUGAGGUUUUUACGCUGUUUUUAGACUCUGAGAUUUUCCGGGAAUACCUUUAAUCGCUUAGAAGGAGGCCUGCUGUGUUUGACUUCCUCUCAGGAAUCUGUGGACGAGCUGGACGGAGACGCUCACUGGGACCAAGACCUGCGAUCCCCCAAGGCCGAGCCAUCCGAGGCUCACAGGCUAAAGCUGGACCGGGUGAGAAGCAGGACUGGAACCAGGACUGGGACCGGUGCUGAGGAUGGGGGGCGGUGGUUUGUGCAUGCUGAACUCAGUGGAGGCAGGUGUGUGUGUGACCACAGUGAAGCAGAGAAGAAGAGGCUACAACUGGAAACCAGAGAGCUGCGACACACACUGAGACAGCACAGGAGUGUCAUGAAGCUGUGUGAUGAGGUGGAGUGUGUGGAGAAAACUCUGCUGAAGAGACGAGCGGAGCUGCGAGAGGCUGACAGGAAACUGCUGGAGGCUCAGAGCUGCAUACACACCAGCAGAGUCCAGGCCAGCGAAGCUCAGCGAGACGCCGCUGCGCUGCGGCUCAGAGGGGAGGACAAACAGCGUGCCAGGGAGCUGCAGGAAGAGGUGGAGCAGCUGAGGAGGAUGAGGGAGGAGGAAGAGCAGAUGCUCAGGCAGGUGGAGGAGGAACUGAGGAGCAGAGAGGAGGAGCUCCAACAGCUCGACAGGGAAAUACAAACAGCCAGAGACACACUCGCUGACUUGCUGUCUGACUGUGUGGAGGCUCAGGGGCAUCUGGACUCUCUCAGCACUCAGCUGAAGAGGGACGAGGUGGAGGGAGCGAGGGAUGAGCAGCACGAGCUGGAGGGCGUGGUGGACAGGAAGAGGGAGGAGCUUGCCGAGCUGACGCAGAAAGUGGAGUCCCGCAGGACAGAGGCCGAGUCGUGUCUCCGAGAGAAAAGCCGGCAGCAAACAGAGCUGCAGGAGGUGCAGGAGGAGCUAAGCAGGAGGAGGGAAGAGAGGAGGAGCCUGCAAGAGCAAUGUAAACACCUGGAGGCCAGGCGGAAGCACGCUGACAGGUGUCUGUCGGCGGUGCAGGUGGAGCUCGCUAAACAGAAAGAGAAACACAGCCACAACCAACUCCUUCAACAGGAAGUGAUGAGGGAAACAACAGCCAAUCAGCACCACCUAAACA